AUGGCGAGUAAAAAUAAUGUGACUGAGUUAAUUAUCGUCGGUCUUUUCCAGGAUCCAGAGGUGCUGAGAGUGUGCUUUGCGGUGUUUCUUGCUGUGUACUUGGCCACAUUGGUGGGCAAUGGUCUCAUCGUUGUGACAGUCAACAUCAGUAAGAGUCUGAAUUCCCCGAUGUAUUUCUUCCUUAGCUACCUGUCUCUGGUGGAGAUCAGUUACUCCUCUACUAUUGUCCCUAAAUUCAUCACGGACUUACUUACCAAGAUUAAAACCAUCUCCCUGGAGGGCUGUGUGGCUCAGAUAUUCUUCUCUCACUUCUUUGGGGUCACUGAGAUAUUCUUGCUUGUGGUGAUGGCUUAUGACCGCUAUGUGGCCAUCUGCAAGCCUCUUCAUUAUAUGAACAUUAUGAGCAACCUACUUUGUUAUGUAAUGGUGGCUGGUUCCUGGCUGGGGGGCUUUUUUCACUCCAUAAUUCAGAUUCUCAUCACCAUUCAGUUGCCCUUCUGUGGUCCCAAUGUGAUUGACCACUAUUUCUGUGACCUCCAUCCCUUAUUCAAGCUUGCUUGCAGUGACACAUUUGUGGAGGGAGUUAUUGUGUUGGUCAACAGUGGAUUAAUCUCCGUCUUCUCCUUCCUCCUCUUGGUGUCUUCCUAUAUCAUCAUCAUGUACAAUUUGAGGAACCAUUCAGCAGAGGGGAGGCGCAAAGCUCUCUCUACCUGUGCCUCUCACAUCACAGUUGUCAUCUUGUUUUUUGGACCUGCCAUCUUCCUCUACAUGCGACCCUCCUCCACUUUCACUGAGGACAAACUAGUGGCUGUGUUCUAUACAGUCAUCACCCCCAUGUUAAACCCCAUCAUCUACACACUCAGAAAUGCAGAGAUGAAAAUUGCCAUGAGGAGGUUAUGGGGCAAAAAGGAGAAUUCAGAAAUGGAGUGA